AUGGCUAUGAAGAAUCAACCCCACAUCUCUACACGGGAAUACAUACGUUGGCCACCAGCAGACGCGUACGAAAACACCAACACCAUCGUCGUCACCUCGGCCGGCGGACGCUUUGUCGACAUUCGAGCGCGUAUCUACGAUGCAGACUCCAGAGGUAAGAACAAAGCUAUUCCCCCCUUCCCCCCCUCAUGCGCCGCCUUCAAGAUUUACACUUACCACCCAGCCCGGUUGCCACCCGGCAUCCAAUCCGCCGAAGGCACGGAGUGGGCAUUCGCCGGCCUCGCAAGCAGCGAGAUCAAACACAACAGCGACGGCGACGCCACGACGCACUGCACCUGGGAACACCUCAUCGACUCACGUACUAUGAAAGCCGAAAUGGUCAAGGACUCAGGCGAGAUGAUUCCCGUGGAAAACGGCCGGUCGCUCGAGAAAGGUAAGAUGGAAAACCCCUACAACCCAGCGGCGGGCGAGCAGAGCUACGAGGAGGGAUGGGUGGAUGUGCCGGUUGUGAGUCAGCGGAAGGAUGGGAAGUUGGAGACGGCGGUGUUGCAGUUGAUGGAGGAUGAGGUUGGCGCGAGGGGCAUGAUUGUUAGGGUUGGGCAGGUGGUUCAGGGGAUGUUGCGGGUGCGGGAGGACUAUGCGUUGGAGAGGUGGAUUUGGAAGGAGAAGGGUGGGUGGAAGAGGGAGCUGAGGGAUGGGAGUUUGUUUCUGCCGACGGGUGUGAUGAUGGAUUUGGGCACGAUUGUGUUGGGCGAUGCUGUGAACUACUAUGACUUUCCUUGGAAGGUUGUGGAGUUGGGUAUCACGGAUUGA